GAAGUUUACAGACCGUCGACGGACUUUCAGCGAGUUCACUGUUUGCUAUUAGAGCAAGCGAGCAAGUUCGGUCUUCGAAGAGCGAUUGAGCUAUCACCCCUGGAAGGCGAUAGUCAGACCUGCUGCUGUCUACUGCUCCACUACCGCAUAGUAUACAUGCAAAUUACAUCGAAUAAGCAAGUUUUCUUGAAAAAGAAAACAGGCAAUUGAACAAUCUUGAUUUCUGGCUGUAAUUGCAGCUGCAUUUAUAUAGGACCGAGAUGGAUGUAAUUCCUAUGUGCAGCAUCUUUCAGGAGCUCCAGAUUGUACAUGACACAGGAUACUUUUCAGCUUUACCAUCGCUUGAGGAGUACUGGCAGCAGACCUGUCUGGAGUUGGAGCGUUAUCUCCAGAGCGAGCCUUACGUCUCGGCCACCGACAUCAAGUUCGAGGCGAGCCAGGAGGACCUCUGGAGCCAGCUGAUCCUGGCCUGCGGAGACAAGGCCGAGGCGGAGCCAAAGACCCUCACUCGCAUCAAGGAGGAGGACAGCCAGGAGGCCAGCAGUUUUAACUCCGAUGCCAGCAGCGAGAUGUCAGACAGCUCAGAGGAGCUCUCCCCGAUCCUAGACUUUAACUCCAACCCUCUGAAUGACAUUAUGGGAGAGGGGGAGGACCUUGGAUCCACCGUUAUCAGCACACCGCCGUCUUCCCCCGAGGGGGGGAAAGAGGCCCCAUCCAUAACCUCCCAGGUGUGGAGCAGUUUACAGACAGUUUUGCACUCGCCCGGGAAGAUACGGACAGGGGGAAUUGGCGGACGAACAGCCGAGAGGGGGAGCGUGGCCAACGGGGAGGCUUCUCCGGACGGAAGGAGGCGUGUUCACAGGUGUCAUUUCAACGGAUGCAGGAAGGUGUACACGAAAAGCUCCCACUUAAAAGCACACCAGCGCACACAUACAGGCGAGAAGCCUUACAGGUGCUCAUGGGAAGGCUGCGAGUGGCGUUUUGCACGGAGCGAUGAGCUAACCAGACACUUCAGGAAGCACACUGGGGCCAAGCCAUUUAAAUGCAGUCACUGUGACAGGUGUUUCUCUCGUUCCGACCAUUUGGCGCUUCACAUGAAGAGACACAUCUAAACGGUUGGACUCCGGAACAGAGUGGCAAAAGACGUCCCUGACUGUCUCCUGACGUGUUUGCGGAGGGGCCGGUGUGCCCUGAGAGGGAAGGCAAACGACGGGUGCGUGCUCAAGUGAAAAAGCAUGCAGGCAAUUCAUUUGCACCAUACUUAGUGCCUCCAAGACCUCUCAGAAGAAAAAUGCUCUAAAAGGUCGACGUAUUCGAAGAAAAAAAAGGAAAAAAACAAGACGUAAACCAUCGAGGAUGAAGGAAAAUUAAGAGAUCCACUAAAAAGAAGAAAGAAAACAUCAGAGAGAACUGGAACGUGUAUUUAUUUUUUCUUCCCCCGUGUGUAUGGUGUCUGAUACUUUGUGGAGUUAGUUCCCGGUCUGAACGCAGAACGGUGGCGCUCCAGUAAACGUGCUGUUUCUCGUGAGCGUGGGGACGGGCUGCCCGUUAGCCCGUCAGAAUGUCUGAGACCGGGUGCCUGUCUGAUAGUUCCUGUGCUUCGGCGCCUGCCUGAGAAUGCCUGUGGGCCUGGGACUCCUGGGUGGAUGGCUUGUGUUGUGAUCCGAAUGGCGUUGAGUGGAUCAUGUUUUGGGUGUG